ACAUCCCGCCACGACCACCAACCUCACCACAUCCCAACGACCGGACUCAGCCCGUCAAAAUGGUGAACGUUCCUAAGACCCGGAAGACCUACUGCAAGGGCCGCGACUGCGGCAAGCACACCCUGCACAAGGUCACUCAGUACAAGGCCGGCAAGGCUUCGGCAUUCGCGCAAGGCAAGCGCCGUUACGACCGCAAGCAGUCCGGUUACGGUGGUCAGACCAAGCCCGUCUUCCACAAGAAGGCGAAGACCACCAAGAAGAUCGUGCUCCGGCUGGAAUGCUCGGUCUGCAAGACCAAGAAGCAGCUGCCGCUGAAGCGGUGCAAGCACUUCGAGCUUGGUGGUGACAAGAAGACCAAGGGUGCUGCCCUCGUGUUCUAAGCGUCUUGCGGUCGGGGAAGUCGGCGGUGACGGAAUAAGGACAUGGCCUCCGGGUUUUCUUGGAAGCUGGCCUUGCAUGGCUCUGCCCGCCAUGUGUUGGGAAUCCAAAAAGCGAUUUCGAUCUUGACAUGGGGGAGUCGGGCAUAGAGGAACAUGUACAUGGGCAUGGGUGGUUCGGACGCGGAACAACAAGCACAAUACCAUCCUCGGGGCGUUUCGUCUGCGCUUUUAUUCACGAAUAAUGCUUCUGGUUCUCAACGCGUCCGUUUUCUAGUCACCCGCAAGCUCUUGUGUCUUGGCCAGUAUCUCGCGGGGCGAAGGAUGGCGCCCGUAGCUUCUGAAUGACAAGCUAUCUCCGUCAUCCGUGGUUGGUGCUCUUUCCCGACUCGUCUGU